AUGAACAAUCGACUGGACCUCACUCAAGUGGAAGCACUAGGGGAUACGCUCUCGGCAGAUACAGAGCAGCAGCGGAAAUUGUCGAUUCGAGGCACGACCGGUGGUCUCGCGAAGCGCUAUGAAGACUGGAGACAGCAACUGCUGUACGCGCGCGGUGAGUUGGAAGCUCUGAUUGAUUUCAGCGAAGAUCAACACUUCGACGAGAGCCCGGCUGAGCUAUGCGCCUCUGUCUCCAAACAGAUAGUGGCUCUCAAGCGGAUACUUCUUAUUCAUACCCAGAAUGCCGUGCGUGGUGAGCUACUUAGGCAUGGUAUUAGCGUCUCGCUACUAGGACCCCCAAAUGCUGGCAAAAGUUCUUUGCUGAAUCGCAUCGUUGGAAGAGAAGCAGCGAUUGUGAGCCACGAGGCUGGCACAACUCGUGAUGUCGUUGAGAUAGGCCUUGAUCUGGGGGGCUACUUUUGUCGGUUCGGCGACACUGCCGGUCUUCGUCUGGCGAAGGAGGCAGUUCAAGGAGGGCAGUCGAUACUGGAAGCGAUCAACCAUAUCGAACAGGAAGGGAUGCGACGAGCCAAAGCGAGAGCUGCCGACAGCGAUCUUGUCAUCGUUGUGCUUGGAUUUGAGACUGUCAAUGAUCACACUGCGCUCAAUUUCGAUGCCGAAGUAUGUGCAGUUGCGAACCAAUUGCACCAAGAAAAGGGCAAUGUACUUCUUGUCAUCAACAAGUCCGACUUGCUCCCCAUGGAUGAAUUCCGAAGAGACAGUGCUCUUCGCAUAGCCCUUGAUCACUUCCCUGGACUUGCACGGGAUCGCGUCUACAUGGUUUCAUGUAUCGAUGGACCACCAGCCGACGCAUCAACGCCAUUCCAGUCAUCAGACCCGGGGGGAAUACAGAAAUUUCUCCAAGGCUUGAUCCAGCAAUUUGGAAGGCUGACUGAGGCCGUCACAUCAGAAUCCUCGGCCGAUGAGCCGGAUCCUUCAGUUUGGCAGGAGGCUUUGGGUGCGACAGAACGCCAUCGUGUUCUUUUGGAAGCAUGCGUUGGUCAUCUAGAUGCAUUCCUGGCAGAGGCUACGCCUUCGACAGCUGCUGACGGUCAGCGCUAUCGUUUCGACCCUGCCGGCGGACUUGAUAGCGCUGAUGCUACUAGAGAUACUGCUGCCGAUGAAGAGGCAGAUAUUGUCGUUGCGGCCGAGCAUCUGCGGUUCGCUGCAGACUGUCUCGCGAAAAUCACGGGUAGAGGAGAUGCUGGAGACGUCAAUGAGGUUUUAGGCGUGGUUUUUGAGAAAUUUUGCGUCGGCAAGUGA